UCGCUCGCUUGCUUGCUCUCCGGCUCCCUCGCCCGCGACUCCUUCCUUCCAAGGGGGGCGCCGGCUGCUGCUCUUCGCCGCUGCCGCCGCCGCGCUGCAUGGGGCGCGAGCGCUUGGCGCUUUCCAGAUAUGGUCAAGGCGGCGUCGGGGGUGGAGGUGGUGCUGCCGGCCGCGGCGGGCUCUCUGUGAUCGCCGGCACCCGAGGAGGGGGGCCCGGCGGCGGGAGGAAGAAGCGGACCCGCUGAAGGAAGGCGAGUAGUGGGAACGGCCGCGGCGGCGCUUAUCUACUCCUGCCCACAGCCAGCCGGGGAGCGGCGGGCGAGCAACUCUGUCUGCAGGCAAGGUGUGUGUGUGUCUGUUUGCGUGUGUUGCCCGCGCCUCUCCGCAAACACGCCCCCUUUGCCCACCCUCUCUCCCCUCCUCCCGCUGCUCCCUGCGUGGCUGCCCAGGGUGGGAACUUCCCAGGCACCUCGUGCUGCUUGCAGGGAUCUCCCCGGCGACCGAGGGAGGGACCUGUUGCUGCAGAGGAGGUUGGAAAACGUUGGGAAACUGGUACGAGAAGCCAAUCAUGAUGGGAUUAAAGAAUCUAGCUGCCUUUCCUGGUGGUCUUCACCUUCUAAGUGUUUGUAUGCUCUUGCUGCUAUUUCACAUGGACAAAGUGCAUGCGGAAUACCCGUCCGAAAAUGCCAGCGAAGUUGAUGAGUGCACUGGUACCUAUUUCUGUAAGAAAGGAGUGAUUUUGCCAAUCUGGGAGCCUCAAGACCCUUCCUUUGGAGAUAAAAUAGCAAGAGCUACCGUAUACUUUGUGGCUAUGGUCUAUAUGUUUCUAGGAGUAUCCAUCAUAGCAGACCGCUUCAUGUCAUCCAUAGAAGUUAUCACAUCCCAAGAAAGAGAGAUCACGAUCAAGAAACCCAAUGGCGAGACCACCAAGACGACUGUUAGAGUUUGGAACGAGACUGUUUCCAACUUAACGCUGAUGGCUCUGGGCUCUUCUGCACCUGAGAUUCUCCUUUCUGUCAUUGAAGUGUGCGGCCAUGGCUUCACUGCAGGGGACCUUGGGCCGAGCACCAUUGUAGGAAGUGCUGCUUUUAACAUGUUUGUCAUCAUAGCCAUCUGUGUCUACGUCGUCCCUGAUGGGGAGGUCAGGAAGAUUAAGCACCUCCGUGUGUUUUUCGUCACAGCCGCUUGGAGCAUCUUUGCCUACACAUGGCUCUACCUGAUUUUGUCUGUCAUAUCGCCUGGGGUUGUUGAUGUCUGGGAAGGCUUGCUCACCUUGUUCUUUUUCCCCAUCUGCGUGGUGUUCGCAUGGGUUGCGGACAGAAGGCUUUUGUUCUACAAGUACGUCUACAAGAAGUACAGGGCUGGCAAGCAGAGGGGCAUGAUCAUCGAGCACGAAGGCGAAGGGCCACAGUCCAAAGCGGACAUUGAAAUGGAUGGGAAGGUGGUGAAUUCUCAUGUCGAAAGCUUCUUGGACGGCACCCUGGUUCUAGAGGUGGACGAGAAGGACCACGACGACGAGGAAACAAGGAGGGAAAUGGCCAGGAUCCUCAAAGAGCUGAAGCAGAAGCACCCAGACAAAGAAGUUGAGCAGCUGAUAGAGCUAGCUAACUAUCAGGUUUUGAGCCAGCAGCAAAAGAGCCGAGCCUUUUACCGUAUCCAGGCCACUCGGCUCAUGACGGGGGCUGGAAACAUACUGAAGAGGCAUGCAGCUGACCAGGCAAGGAAAGCGGUCAGCAUGCACGAGGUCAACUGUGAAGUGGCAGACAACGACCCCAUCAGUAAGGUCUUUUUUGAGCAGGGCACCUACCAGUGCCUUGAGAACUGUGGCACGGUAGCCCUAACUAUUGCUCGCCGAGGUGGCGAUUUGACCAAGACCAUCUCAGUUGACUUCCGAACAGAAGAUGGCACAGCCAACGCAGGCUCUGACUAUGAGUUCACUGAAGGGACUGUGGUGUUUAAGCCAGGCGAGAUGCAAAAGGAAAUACGGGUGGGCAUAAUUGACGACGAUAUAUUUGAGGAAGACGAGAACUUCCUCGUUCACCUCAGUAAUGUGAAAAUGUUAUCUGAGGAGGGAGAAGACGGCGUUCUGGAGGUCAACCACAUUGCAACCGUGGCUUGCCUGGGGUCGCCUGCUACUGCCACUGUCACGAUCUUUGACGACGACCACGCUGGCAUUUUUACCUUUGAGGAGCCGGUCACUCACGUGAGUGAGAGCGUGGGAACGAUGGAAGUGAGAGUGCUACGGACAUCUGGAGCGCGAGGAAAUGUUAUUGUGCCCUACAAAACCCUCGAAGGCACGGCCAAAGGGGGCGGAGAGGACUUCGAAGACACUUGCGGAGAGCUUGAGUUCCAGAACGAUGAGAUUGUGAAAUACAUUACCCUUAGAAUACUUGACCGAGAGGAAUAUGAGAAAGAGUGCAGUUUCUACCUUGUGCUUGAGGAACCAAUAUGGAUCCGAAGAGGAAUGAAAGGUGGCUUCACAAUUACAGGGAAACGUUUGAACGGCCAACCUGUCUUCCGGAAGGUACAUCCUAGAGACCAUCCCUUUCCUUCUACUGUAAUCAACAUUCAAGAAGAGAACGAAGAGAAGCAACCACUGACCAGCAAAGAGGAGGAAGAGCGUCGCAUUGCAGAAAUGGGGCGCCCUAUCUUAGGGGAGCAUACGAAGCUGGAAGUGAUUAUUGAGGAGUCCUACGAGUUCAAGAACACCGUGGACAAGCUCAUUAAGAAGACAAACCUAGCUCUUGUGGUUGGAACAAACAGCUGGAGAGAACAGUUCAUUGAAGCUAUCACUGUCAGCGCUGGAGAGGACGACGACGACGACGAAUGUGGGGAAGAGAAGCUGCCCUCCUGCUUUGACUAUGUGAUGCACUUUCUGACCGUCUUCUGGAAGGUCCUUUUUGCCUUUGUCCCCCCUACGGACUACUGGAAUGGUUGGGCUUGUUUUGUUGUGUCCAUCUUAAUGAUCGGCCUUCUGACGGCGUUCAUCGGGGACUUGGCGUCCCAUUUUGGCUGUACCAUUGGGCUGAAGGAUUCUGUGACUGCAGUUGUGUUCGUUGCAUUGGGGACUUCAGUGCCAGAUACGUUUGCCAGCAAGGUGGCAGCCACGCAGGAUCAAUACGCAGACGCUUCCAUAGGCAACGUCACCGGGAGCAACGCAGUGAAUGUUUUCCUGGGGAUUGGUGUCGCCUGGUCCAUCGCUGCCAUCUAUCAUGCAGCCAACGGCAGGCCAUUUGAAGUUCAACCAGGCACCCUGGCGUUCUCCGUCACCCUCUUCACUAUAUUUGCUUUUAUCAGUGUUGGUGUGCUCCUCUACCGGCGGAGACCGGAGAUUGGAGGUGAGCUGGGCGGGCCACGGACUGCCAAGAUUCUGACCUCAAGCCUCUUUGUGCUCCUCUGGCUCUUGUACAUAUUAUUCUCAUCUCUGGAAGCCUACUGCCACAUACAGGGCUUCUAAAAGAACUAUUGGAGAGAGCAUCUAUAAUGUAUCUAUAUAUACAGAGAGAGAGAAAGAAAGAGAUAGGUAUAUAGAUAUAGAUCUAAUAUUAUUGAACUGAGGAAGAAAAGACAUUUUGCCAUGUUCACUUAUCUACUGAUGGAAUGUAGCUUUGCGGUAGGAGUUUGGAACCUGCAGGACUCUCCACCAGGGGCAGCGUCAUAGAAACGGAGGCACAGAUGCAGGGUCAUCUUUGCAACUCAACCUACGAGAUCACGAUGGAGUUACUUCCUAUUCCCCCCUUCUCCUCCCCUAGAUGAGGAUUGAUCCGAUUGCAAUGGGGGGGGAGGGCCUUGAUUGGAAUGGCAGAAGGCCAGGUUCAGCUAUAUCGUAUUGAGUGGAUGACUUUCCAAGGGGAGUUCUUGACUUUCUUACCGAUAUCUUUGUUGCCUUCUUCAUAACUCAAGAAUGAGCCGAAUCAUCGCCCUCAAAGAAAACAUGUGAGUGUGGAGUGACAUACACGGUCCGGGGGCUUUCUAGCCUCCAUGCUGUUUUGGGGUGUGGUUGGUUUUUUGGUGGUUUUUUUAAAAUUAUUCUUCCUCCUUUGCUGCCCAGCUAUUAAGAGUACCUUACGUUGAAAACAACCACACAAGUCUCUUUUCCCAUUUUUUUUCUUUUCUUUUGGAACUGUAUUUAUGAUUGGUGCAUCCAGUCCCUCCUUUAAAAGAAAAACGAUCUUCUUAGACAGCCUUUGACCAGCACUCCAUUUGCUCCGAAACUGUGGAAUUUACAGACACAUGCCCAAAGCCCUAAUGUCCAACUCCUGCUUCGCUUUUUUUGUUCUCGCUCUGACGUACCUCGUCAGAUUUGUUUCACUUACCUCCUGUGCCCUUUCCCACCCUGCUGCCACUCUUUGCUGCUCUGCUCCUUUUCAUGCUCCUCUUUGGGAAUGCUUUCAUGGUACUUGCUGUAACACUUUGCAUGAAAGAAGCAAACCAUAAUCUGUAAUAUAGCAUUGAAUAGCGGUGGUAGUCUGCUCAGCGAUGCCAAUUGAGCACUGAAGAUGCAAGUAUGUGGUUUUCUCUCUUUCUUUCCACACUUUUCCUUUCAUUUUUUAACAAACAGGACGAGAGGAAGGUAAAUAGCUGGCAGUCCUUUGCUCUGCAUAAGUGUCCUAAGAAGCAAUAACCAAGAGAUGUGUGGAAAUGCGUGUGUUUUAAAAGGGAAAAUUUGCGCAGAGUCUUAGGCCAUUCUAGAAUGGGAUCUUACCUGCCAGCCAAGCUUAGGAUGAACUUGAACAUAGGAACCUGCUUAUACUGAGUCAGGCCAAUGGCCCAUCUAGCACAGUACUGUCUACUCUGACUGGCAGUGACUCCCCAAGGUCUCUGGCAGAGGCCUCUUCCAGCUACCUACCAUUUUUAACUCAAGAGUCCAUGGAUUGAACCUGGGACUUUCGGCAUACAAAGCAUAGGCUCUACGUCACUGAGUUACAGAUGUGUAGAACCUGCUUUGCAUCUAGUCUGUAUGAACUAAGUGGGUCUUAGCAUUGCUCACGCUAAGUAUGAGUAGCCAUAUCGAGCCCUACGUAAGCAGAAUAUCCUUGAGUUUUUCUUCAAGUGUCAGUUUCCCCUCCCCAAUAUAUUUAUGCUGUGUUUGUUUCUGUCUUUAAGUACCUGAUGUGCCAACCCUUUGGCACCUUUGGCUUCAGCACUUUGAAAACCUGUCCCCUGGUCCAGUCUUCAUGAAGGGGCACCUUGCAGAUGCAGUCAAAUUUAGUCCCCUCCAAUGGAUGCUAAACAUUCCACUACCCACCGAUCUUCAUUGUCCUAGCUAGGAAAAGUGGCAAAUCUUGCAUUGUCCAGCAGUGGAUGCAUUUUGUCCCUGGGAAUUAGAAGUAGGACUCCUGCUAUUUAUUAGUUGUUCAUUGUGAGCUAUAUACUCAGUCCUUGUACAAUUGCACAGAGAGGUACUGAAACAGCUUUUGCUUUGGAAAUGCCAUCAUCCAGCGCUCAGGUACAGCGGGUGCUUGCUUUGUUGCUGGGUUGUUUGUUUUUUCCAUCUCUCCCCGUCCACCUUUCUUCACCCCACACCUUUCUCAUUUAUCAGAUCCCCACCCUGUCUCCAAGCUCUGGUGCUCAUGGAAGGAACAAGCCAUUAGAAAAAGAUCAGAACAAGGGAAGUCAGCCAGUCUUAAGAUACCACCAGGGUAGCAUGGAAGGACCUUCAAGGCAUGGCUAGAGGGAACCAAAACCCUGUGAUGGUUGUAGGGAAGGAUCAGCUCUACACAUCAGGAGAUCCAAAAAUAGAAAUGAAGGGGGCUGCUCGGCAGUCAUGGGCCAAUGUUACUUGCUCUGUAAAUGGAGAAAAUGCAGGAGUGGUGGGGAGAGAGAAUUCUGACUGUAGCAGCUUGGAACUACUUGAGUGAAGACGAAAAAGGGUACCCAGGGCUGGGCGAGGGGAGCUGUUCAAGGAAGCAACUGAAUUGACACAGCAGAAAAGGGGAGAUUAGGGAGACAGACCCUGCUGAAAUAAGUCAGCUUUCCCACCCUAACAGAACAAGAAAGUCCACUUGGUGGAGAUGUGCUGGAUGUCAUCACCAAUGCUGCCCUCCUCUUAAGCAAAGUCUGUUUACAGGGGAACAGGAAAACGGUCAAUCUUUUUGGCAGAUAGUGAACACAGUGUGUGUACCUUCCCAUGCCACAUGAAAGCUAGUGGGUGUGCUCUUGUGGAAUUUAAUAAAAUUAAAAAAGACCCAUGCAAACACUUCCUUAAGUGCAGUCGGUGUGCCUUCCGGAGAGAGCUACCGGUAGGAGGAUGGUUUUCAGGGUGGCGAGCAGCUGCCAACCGGAGGGAAGGCAAAUUCAUUCACACUUUUUAUCUCCUAAAGCAGUGGUUCAUGCUUAGGAGUGAGGUUGUUGGUCCAUCAAGCUCAGUUCUGUCUACUGCCAGUGGAAGUGUUUCUAUGGGGUCUUGCAUCAGACAUGCCAGAGGCUGCAACCUUAUGUGCAAAGCAUAACAGCUGUGGCUCUGGAGUGUGUGCAUGGCCUUCUGAUUUGAGUGAUGUUGCUUGGGGGACAAAAGGAAGGUGGUGGAAUUUGCAAGCCAUGCCCCCAAACCCAAGCCCUAGUCUUUCUUCCAUUCAUCUAAUGGCAGUAUCAGGGAGUGUCCUUAGAGCCACAUUAUUUCCUCUAUAGAUUGACCUAAACAACUGCUCUUCUCUCACACUGUGACACAUGGAGUGAUUCCUCCCCCCCCAAAAAAAAAUAAUAAUAAUCACAUGCAGGGAGCGAUAUGGUUGGGUGUAUCCAUUCGCAGGAGGGGGCAGAUAGCACCUCCAUCUUGUAAAGCCACAGGAAACUGUGUCCAUGCACCUUAGCUGGACCAGAUCAUCAACUGCUAUAGGAUCAUUUGUUAAAUGUCAGAAGAAAAUCUAAUUGUAUCAUUAACCCUGUAAUGACUGAAUGGAGGAUGUUGGAAGGAAAAAGUUGCAGGGGGAAGAGGGUUCUCUCUUUGUAUUAGCAGAUUUCUUACUAGACUGUAGCCUCCAGAUUCAUUCAAAUCCGUGUUAUUUUGCCAGUGUAAUGAUUGAGAGGUAUGGAACGGCCCAGAGCCAUGCUCAAGAGUUUCCUGUCCAUUUUAGGUGGGGGAGGGGGGAGAGGCAAGCUUUACAUGCACAUUUUGUUGUCUGUUGAAAUGAAGGAGAAGCCCUGUGCACACAAAACACGUCCCUGCGCCUAUCCUUCAUUAUUUGUGAUUGCAGAAAUAAACCACUGCUGGUCAAAUCUUUAGUAGCUUCUUCUGGGCCAGUUGAAGUCUUGUGAAUGAACUUUCCAUCCGCAUCACAUGGUAAAAGGGACAGAGGUUAGCCUAGGCUUUUGCCCAGUCUGUGGAAUGCUUCAGUUGUCCUGUUGUGAGUUUUUCUUUUUAAAAUGGAGUGAAUAAUAUUUCCCUCCCCCAACCCCGUAAAGAAAAUUUCUUCACUUUUGAGGAUUUCUUUUUCCUGUUUGGUUUCAUUUGAUUUGUUUGUUGGGGUGGGUGGGUGGGGGAGGGGAGAAAAUUAAGCAACGAUUGGGGUUGUUCAGGGAUUAUAAUAAUAAUAAUAAUAAUUAAUAUUAUUAUGGCUGUGUUUGUGUAAAAUUAUUUCAUUUCAUCUUGUUUGUUUGUUUUCCUUCAUUUUUAUUUGCGUGUAUUGUGCACAGUAACGGAGAGGCAGUGAGUACACUGAUUGUGAUAAAUGGUACACUGAGGCACAGAAAAAAAAUAAAAUUUAUAAUUGGUUCUGAUUUGAACAUUAGUACUGCUGCAUUUUCCCUGUGCGUCUCAUUUCUUCUUCCAUUGACACCUUUCAUUCGUGUGUGUUUUAUUGUUAUUUGAUAUGUUCCUUCCAUGGUCUUAAGUCCUUAGUGGGCUCCCGCAAAGCCUGGGUUUCAGAUGCAAGAUAUCCAUUCAGAAAGACAGUAUCCAUGUUUUUCCUCCCAGACAGGUACAAAACAUGAUCAGAGAAAUAGCCAUAUUGUUGUCCAUUUCCCCACAAUUCACACACUCUUGUUCUAUUCAGUACCCACUCACACACACACACAAGCCAACAAACACACAAAUUACAACUGUUAAGGCCACAAGCAGACAGAGCUGGAGUCAGAAGAUACAAGGCAAAACCACGGAUGUUUUAGUCGAGAUUCCUGCAUUGCAAGGGGGCUGGACUAAAUGACCCUCGGGGGGUCCCUUCCAACUCUAGGAUUCUAGGAUUCCUGGUCUGGGAAAUGGGGGCCACUGGUGUAGCUACGAGAUAGUCAGGUCUGCAUUCCUGUGUGCCUCUCCCGUAAUAUCACAUCACCUGCUGCCCGACUGAGAAUACAGCGUUGCACCAGCGGAAGUCCACUUGCAGAAUUGAACUUCCUCUCCUCCCUCUCGCAGGCACCCCAAAGAUCUCCAAAGGUUUCCCCAACCCUCUGGAGCAGAUUUUAAAGGUGCCCAAGAGACCAUGGAGGAAGGGGAGGAAAGGAAGGUAUUCACGUCAUCACCGUCUGUUCCACUUGCACACAGACAGCAUUGGAUACAACUCAUAAUACUUAAUUCAGUCUCGGCAAGAAGAAUAGCAAUGAUUUAUCUGUUUAUCAUUUAUGCAUCUUUGUUUUAAAACAUCAGUGGUGCUUUGCAACCAUGUAAUGUAUCUCAUGCUGGGCCAACACACAACAUUUGAUACCUCAGGAGAGGGAGAGGGAGAGAGUCCACACCCAACAGUAAAAAUAUAAUAAUAGUUUGCUGUGCUGUAAUGAUGAUACUCCAAAAUCUGCUGCCAAGAUCAUACCAAAUCACCUCGUCUAACAGUACAUCUAGCCUUGACUUUGUGGAGACUUUGUGAAGUCACUGGUACUCCCAUUUUACAGAUGGGAAACUAAGAUUGGCAAAGGCCUGGUUGGGCUGUUAGUGUUAGUUAUUUCACCCUAGCCAGAUCCCACAUCUCAUCUGCAAUAUUUGAUUUUAAGGAUGCAGAUGGAGCGUGCAGAUUGCGUGGAAAAGUAACCACACCAGUAAACUUUCCCCACACAAUUCCAUCCAUGAAAUAUCUGCUUCAAAGUGUCUGAAUGUGACAACCUUACAAAUUAGGCAGUAAUCUUUCACACAAACACCUGUUAUCCUGCUCCCUCCCCCUCCUGUCAGGAUUUAAAAUAGAUGCAAUUUACUUAAAAAAUUAUCACAAACCCAAGAGGUUCUUUGUUCCAUCAGCUAACUGAGCUUAGUGAUGCAAAAUAACUGCUGCCCACGGCCAUCGUCUGAAAGGGCAGGGCAUAUUAGCAAAGAGGGACUGCUGCUGCUGCUGCUACUGCUUUUAUUAUCAGGGUUAAAAGACUUUGCAGUUUGAUUAUGUAAUGUGCACGGCAGUCAGCCAAAAUGUAAUUUUAAAAGGGAAUUGGAAAUGGACAAAAUGAAAUAUACUGCAUGCCAAAACCAGAGAGUUUAGAGGGAAAUGCAAUUUCCUUGGGAUUUUUUUUUAGGGGGGAGGUACCCAUGGUCUCUAUGCUAGGAGUAGCCAAUGUGCUGCCCUCCAGAUGUUGCUGGACUCCCAACUCCCAUCAGCUGCUGCAACCAGGGACGAUGGGAGUUGUAGUCCAACACUAUCUAGACUGCACCACAUUGACUGUCCCUGCUCUGUAGUUUUGCACCCAGUACAAAAGUCCUCCUGUCCACUGAAGGAAGCUUCAUUGUGGCUCCUAAGUGAAUGAAAUGGGCUUAUGGUUCCUAAGCACUGUGGCAGCACACAAGAGGGCAUAAGCAUGGAAUGUGACCACUAGCUCUAAACCUAUGGUGUGGUGUUCAGCAGAAGCAGCCAAGAUGAGCUGAAAACGCUAAAAGAUUCCCAACCCUGAUAAGCAUUCCUUCCUACUGAUUCAUAUGAGCCCUGUCAGCUUCUGCAGUGAAAGGUGGGCUUCUCUUCCCUCACAAAAGGGCGUAACACUAAACCAUGGUUUCUUGAGGACAGCGGGGUAGAUUCCUCUAUUGGAGGACUACAUGACUAGAUGACUCUCUCAUCCCUCCCAACUCCAUGAUUCUAUAAUUGUUAUGAAAAAGAGGUGUCCUGAUGAACCUUAGGACUAUAUAGUAUGUACAAUGGAAGGAGAUCUGAAUAAAACCAGAAUUUUAUUCCUGGUUUAGAAGAAGCUGUGGUUUGUUAUUUAGUCCAAACCAUGGUUUGCUCAAACCCAAGCCAGAAUUUGGUGUAACCUGGUUUGUUAGCAAUCCGUGGUUUGAACAAAACCGCCAUGUACUGAGUUCUGCUGAAACAACAAACUUUGAGUUCUUCUAAACCAGGAGUGGGUGCUCUGAAUCUCCCCCCCCCCUUUGCGUAAAAGGGAGGGAACAGCAUAUAGUUCCAAAGUUCACGGCAGCACAUUCUCAAAACCAGAAAACAAAAGCAAGUAGACUGGGGGAAAGAGAAGCAGAGACGCAUGGAAGCAGCAUGGCGAAGAGGGGGAAAGAAGGAGCUUUCACCAGGUCCAGGAAGUCACUUAAAACUAGCUGCAGGUUCCCCACUAUUCAGAUAGUAAAAGUCUGUCUGGAAAUGUUCCCACAUACAGUAAUCCCAUUGACACACACAAGUCUGUUCAUUUCAUUGGAGCCUGUGCAGCUCUUCCCAAUAUCUCACGCCCAAGGCUUUUACAGAUGGAAUAGAGUUGUAAUACUUUAAAGAGAAAUCAGUGUUUGUUUGAAACCCAGCUUUGCAGUUCACAUGACAGACAGAUAUACAAGCUGAAUGCUGUCUGAGUUGUUGUUUCCUCCACUUUACACUAUUGUUUAUGUAUCACAUGUGCAUUUCUCCAUUUUAUAUACUGUAUUCAUCCUUUGCCGUACUUAAGAGAAAUGAACUAGUUUUUAAAAGAGGGGCAAAACUACCUUGGAGUUUUGGAGUGUGUCUCAGAAGUCAGCCUUGGGGGCAAAGAGGCAGUGAGCAGCAGAGGGCAUUUGCAAACCAAACAAAAGUUAUGGCAACCUUCACUGUUGGCCACAAUUCCCAAACAUUUCCAGGAUUCAUUUCUUUAGCUUGUUUGAGCUGUCCCGUCCCGUCCCCGCUUUAGUCCAGGAGGCUGUGCAGAUUAAUUCACACGUAUACAUUUGAAAAGCAGUAUUAUUCUCCCUUUUAAAAUGAAAUGUCCUUUCUCUGAAGCAAUUAAUAAAUCAGCUGGAACCCUGCUACCCUCUCAGCCAAACAAGCUGCAAAAAUUUGUUUGCUUUAUUUGAAGAUCAUCCUAGAGAGAAUUACCAUUUGCAAAGAUAUUGCAAACCUCUAAAAUAUGCACCUCUGACGCACAGCAAAUAGGAUUCUCUUCACUGGGUUUCCCCCUUAACGACCCUUGAUUUAGCACUAGCUCUUUGGUGAAAUAAACAAUGAUAUUUUUGAGCAUGAGGAGAGGCCAAGAGAGUGGGGCUGUUUUCAGUAGUCUCAGCACCUCUGUAGAUUUCCCUGUUUUGCCUUGAGUGGAUAAAAGCUACCCUUUACCAUUUUAACUACAUUGAACAAAAUGAAUGAAGAUCAGCCGCACUCUUCAUUCCACGCUGCUCCAAUAAUGCCAAACAGAAUAUUUACACAGGGCAUGAAUACAUCACAAAUUUAUACUGGUUUAUGGACCAGUCCCUGUAGGGAGGUCUCCCCUUGACCAGCUGCAGAAAAUUACACCACCUGUGCAAAUGGGGGAUGUUCCAGGGGCUGCCUCAGCAGAUUUUGCCAUACAAAAUGUUUCCUAGCAACUCUUGGCACCCAUAACGAACCACAAUUCCCGUGAUUCUUUGGGGGGGAAACCAUGAACAUUAAAGUGGCAUAGAAGUGCUUCAAAUAUACAGUGUGAAUGUGACCCAGAAAUUCGUUUCGAGUGCCAGAGCUGAACAGAAGUUCACAUUCACAGGCCUUCUACACAAAAUCUACCCAUUUCAGGAGGGGGACGAUGCAGGGGUACGCAUACCCCUAAACAUUUUGUGAAUCUUUGUACUUUUGUCCAUUUACUGCAUUUAUUUUUCCUGAUUUGAACUAUAAAAUGGUGGUUUUCUCGAGUCAAAAUGAGAGUACCCCUAAACAUUUUUUAAGAAAAAAAAAAGCACUGCCUUAAGCUUUAUUCAUUUCUGCAGCAUAAUUUAGGAAGGAGGAGGCUUCGUUGGUGCUCUUGCUAAACAAUUGGGAGUCAGAAACCUUGGGCAAUCUACUGAAAGUUACCCAGAUUUCUACUAGUAGAUCUCAAAUGCCUGCCCCUGUGUACAUGGCAUUCUUCACCUUUCUCCCGGUUCUGGUCUAUAAAUUUGGUGAGGCCACAGCAGCUUCCAGGGAGUGGAAGAUUCUUCCUUUGCUCCCUUUCUGUACUUAUUUCUUCAGUGAUCUCAUUAGGUGCACAUCUUCAGUGUGUCUUGGCUACGGGUGCUUUCUAUAAACUAAUCUGCCUCUUUCGGCUGCAGUCAAGGCUGGAAGAAAAGAAGAAAGAGAGAGAGAGAGAGAAUAUGCCUGCAAGUGUUAUUGUUAUUUCUAUUUUUAAAUACUGAGGCGCCCGACGUGUGCAGCAAGGAAUGUCAUGGGUGGGCUUAAAUGAAGAGACAAACAAACCUCGCAGAUUGUCAGAAGUGGCAGGCCUUGGCUGUAACUAUGAUCACAGCUCAUCUCUAAACCUAAGUCUAGAGAGCAAAGCUACCUUCUUGGAACAGCUUGUUCCAAAUAGACAACUUCCAAUGUAAGAAUGCAAGAGCUGCUUUUCUGGGGCAGAUGUAGGGUCUGUCUAGCCCUGCCUGGUGCCUUUGUGAAACUUGCAAGCAAGAGAGCCAUCACCUCUCUCUCUGUUACUUGUCCUCAGCCUUUGAUACUGCCCCUCAAGAAGGCGGUUCUAAUGAAAAAGAUACUGCAAAAUUGUUCAAUCCUUUUAUCUCUCUUUAAAAAGGGGGGGCAUCUAUGUUAUCGACCUCCAAAUCCCCAUUUUGUGGCAGUGAUUCCAUAAGCUGAUGAAGCAUUGUGAAAGAAGAUGUUCCAUCCUAAACAGAAGAUCUCCUCUUGCGUGUCCAAAUCAGCUUCACUGGGUGACUCCAAAUUCUAAAGAGUGAGAUACUGAUUUGUAUCCACAUCAAAUCCAUGCCUUUCAGAAGUUUUAUACACCUCUUUCAUGUUCCCACCCACUUUAAAUUAUAUUCUCCAUAAGGGAAAAGGCCCCCCCAAGCCCAAAUGUUUUAGACUUUCUUUGUAUGGAAGGUGUCCCAAAUUUCAUCACCCAAAACAUCAGAGAGAAUAAAUGGAACUUCAUUGUAUUGCAUCAGGCCAUUGGGCACAAAGGCUAUGGGGCACAGGUGGGCAACUUUGGAAAGAAAGAGAAAAUUAUGUGGGUAACAGACUGACUGGUAAAAACAGGAGGAGUAUGAGAGAGAGAGAGAGAGAGAGAGAGAGAGAGAGAGAGAGAGAGAGAGAGAGAGAGAGAGAGAGAGAGAGAAG